AUGAUUCUUGUUCUUCUUGGUGUUCACGCGAGGGCUGGGAAUCUCCUAGAGAACCCUAUGAAGAUAUCAGCUAAAUCUGGUAAUGGACAAGUGAUCUUAUCUCACAAAGAAGAACCUUAUUUCUUCACGUUUGGAAAAUCUGAGGUGCCUAAAGGUCUUGAAGUCGGAAAUGGAACAAUGGCUCGGAAGGAGAAGGCAGUGAUAUAUGUUCGCAAGCAGUAUUUGACUGAAUCUCCUUUGAUGCAUAUAGCUAAAGACCUCGAGGAAGUUCAUUUUGAGGUGCGAGACAUGCUUGGAGAUGGACGUCUCAUAAAACGUCGAAUUCGAGAUGGAAGAGGAGAAUUUCCAAUGGAUUGUCCUCUCCAAGACAGUCGGUUAAGCGUUCAUUACAAGGGCAUGCUUCUCAAUGAAGAGAAGACUGUCUUCUAUGACAGUAGGAUUGAAAAUAAUGAUCAGCCGUUGGAGUUCAGUUCAGGAGAAGGACUGGUGCCUGAGGGAUUUGAGAUGUGUACUCGUUUGAUGCUACCAGGGGAGAUUUCUCUUCUUACAUGUCCGCCUGAUUAUGCAUAUGAUAAAUUUCCAAGGCCGCCUGGCGUUCCUGAAGGUGCACAUGUUCAGUGGGAGAUUGAACUCCUUGGUUUCGAAACGCCAAGAGACUGGACUGGGCUGGACUUCCAGAGCAUCAUGAAUGAGGCAGAAAAUAUCAGAAGCACGGGUAACAGGCUAUUCAAAGAAGGAAAAUUUGAGCUCGCAAAAACAAAGUAUGAAAAGGUGCUCCGGGAAAUCAAUCAUGUAAACCCACAAGAUGAUGAGGAAGGAAAAGUAUUUGGUGAAGCAAGGAAUAUGUUACAUCUGAAUGUUGCGGCUUGCUUGCUUAAAUUGGGAGAGUGGAGGAAGUCUGUAGAGACAUGUAAUAAGCUCGGCAAUGUGAAAGGUCUCUACCGCCGCGGAAUGGCUUACAUGGCAGGUGGAGAGUAUCAAGACGCUAGAAAUGACUUCAAUAAGGUAUUUCAUACUAAAUUUGCUUGUUAUACUGAUGCGACAACCGCACUUCUGAAACUCAAGCAGAAAGAACAGGAAGCGGAGAGCAAAGCUAGAAAACAAUUCAAAGGAUUAUUCGACAAGAAACCGGGGGAGAUAACCGAAGUCGGUUCAGAAAUAAGAGAGGAGACUAAAACUAUACAAGAAGUGGAUGAGACAAAGGAUAACGAUGAUGGAAGAGAGGAAGAAGAAAGUACGACCACGGUGAGCAGUGGAAAGAAGAGGAAAUGGUCGGAGAAAGCCUGGCUGAUUAUGAAGAAUGUGAUGGUUCAGAUAGGUAUCCAGCUCGGUGUUGCUCUGUUUGGUGUUUUGAUUUUCCAGUUUUUCAGCGCCAAAUUUACAUGA